AUGGAUGAAUUGUCUGUUUAUUACUUGGGGAAAAAGGACGGUGAAAAUCAAAAGGCGUUAAUGAAGGAAUCAAACGAACUAGAACUGGAAUGUCAACAAGCGAUCGAAAAGGCACAGGCUGUUCUGAUCUCAGGAUGUUUUGAAAGCAACGCUACAGUCAGUCAAGACAAUGAUAAUGACGAGGUAACUAAUGGUACCAGUUCUGCUGGGAGUAAUUUGAUUAACGAAGGACAGACACAACCCGCUGUGACCAGUAUCACUGAGCAACAAGCGAUGCAAGGCGCAAUAGGAACUAGUAUGAUACAGCAAACAGUGGAGCAGAAUCAAUCGAGUUCAUCAAGUCCAACACAUACACCAUCGUACACGGGAGGUUCAGUUCUAAACCGCCAUUUAAAACCACUAAGAGUACCUGAUUACAAUGGAAAUAAAGCAAAAUUUGAAGAAUUUUGGAGCCUAUUUGAAAGUUUA